AUGUAUCAGCUGUACAACAGCAUUGAGCCAAACAUUAUUGAUGAUGAGAUGGUUCAGAAAGCCAUUGAAGAGCAGUGUCCAGAGAAGUUGGGAAAGCUUGCCAAAAGGGAAAGUAUUAACUUUAAAGAUGUGACAGAGCUACAGCUGAGUUUUAGAAAUAUCCUGCGGAUUGAUAGUCUGUGGCAGUUUGAGAACCUGACUAAACUGCAGCUGGACAACAACAUCAUUGAAAAGAUAGAAGCCCUGGAAAGUCUGGUUCACCUUGUAUGGCUGGACUUGUCCUUCAACAAUAUUGAAGUCAUUGAGGGCCUGGAUACUCUUGUCAAACUGCAGAACCUCAGUCUCUACAGUAACAAGAUAUCGAAAAUCGAGUGCAUGGACACGCUGCAAGAGCUGCAGAUUUUCUCCAUAGGAAUGAAUAACCUGGCCACUCUGGAAGAUGUGAUCUAUCUCAGGAGGUUUAAAAACUUACGUGCACUGAAUCUCACAGGGAACCCUCUCUGUGAUGAUGACCGGUAUACACUGUUUGUUGUUGCUUAUCUACCAGACCUGAUAUACUUGGACUUCAAGUUCGUGCGCGACACCACGCGAGAAGCUGCAGUUUUAAAGUAUCAAGAUCUUACUGAGCUACUGGAACGUGACGAGGCUUGGGCCCUGGCUCAGCUGAGGGAAAAACAGACAAAGCAGAAAGACCUGGAGUACCACACGAGAGCCUUUGUCGAGUACCUGAAUGGAUCAUUCCUGUUCGACAGUUUGUAUGCAGAUGAUACGGAAGCUGCCAAUCUGGCUCACCUCCCCGGAGUGGGAGAACUGCUGCAGGCAUACAGGAAGGAAUUUGUCUCGGUUUGUGAGAACGUGUUUAACUUUGGCCUGAAAGAGUAUGAAAAACGAGAAGCUGAAGUCUCUGAUUUCUAUGAAAGGCUUCAUCAAGCAUUAGCAGCCAACCAGCAAGAAGGCAGGAAAGUAAUCCUAGACUUUGAAACUCGGAACAAAAAGAGGCUGGAUGAGAUUCGUAAUGCCAGUAGUUCUGAUAUUGCUGAGUCUAAACGAGCAGAGUGCAAGGAGGACAUACGUCAGCUGUCAGAAGCACUCAUGACCUUGGAAAUUCAGAUAGCUGACCAGAUGGAGGAACUAAUAAUGGAUUUUAAAAGAAACAUUGCUGUCGUAGCAUCAACAUUCAUUGAAGACGUUAAAGGGAUGAUGGCCCAGUGCCGGGACCUGGAAAACCAUUACCAUGAAAAGCUGCUAGCGAUCUCUGCCACCAUAAUGGAUAAAUUAGUUAAGAAUGAUCUUGACGAGGAUUUGCCAGCUGAUGUUCAAACGCUUCUUCAGGACAAAACCACCAUUAACAGUGCAAUGAACACAUCCCAUCGCAUCCGUCUGCUGAAGAUCAAUAUGCGAGAGAGCGACAUCUUCUGCAACACCUACCACUGGCAGAACUCCGUGACGGAGAAGGCUUACCAAAAGGAGAUUGACAGAAACCGUGCCCGUCUCAAAGACAUCCUUCUGUACAUCGACAGUCUCCAGGAAGAGCUGGGUGUCAGAGAUCCUGGAGCUGAUGGAACAGGUUUGUCACAGGCAGGGCAGAUGGCUUAGCUGGGCUCAGCCAGGUCAGCCCCGCGGCCGCACACCCAGCAGGGACAGCUGCCUCCCUGUGCCUGAGCUGCCUGUGACAUUCCAGGCUGAAGGCACGCUUCUUCCAUCUCACCAUAAACUGCAAAUAAAAGAUACUUAUUGACUCUGGAAAAGCACAUGAAGAUCUGUGUCUUCCAUCAUAUUGGCACAAGGCCCCUGCAGAUAGAGCUCAGACCUGGUCGCAAGGGAUUUUGAAUCAGCUGUGAGCUGAUUGAACCAAAUCAUUGUAGCAUAUCGUGCCUUAAAGCUUUGAUACCUGCAAGCACAGUGGCAGGAACCUGUGCGCCACAGCAGCCUGGGAAAGGAGUGCCCUCCAUCAGCCACCCCAGGAUAACAGCAGGUUUCCAGCUCAGCAAACACAAGGCUGGCAGGGGCUCUGUGUGCCCGGGAGCCUCAUCUCACCGCCUCUCGCAAAAAGCAGCUUUCUGCAGCGUGAACAGAGCAGCCCCCAGCUAGCAGGAAGGGAAAUCAAUGGUUCCACGGGAGCUCACACACUGCCGCUCACAACAGCCAAGCGCGGAGUCAUUAAUUCCCCUCCUUGUUCAGUGACAGCCGCUUGCUACGCUCACUCGUGGGCAGCUUCUGAGGAAUGAUGUUGGCCGCUCAAGGCAAGCGGCAAGGAGAAAGCUGGGAAGGUUAAACGAGAGGGUGGCUGUACAUGCACUCUGGGGAGAGACAGGGGCUCUCGCAAAGCCCUGUGGCCGGUGCUGCCUGUCACACACAGGUUUAGCUCACAGCACCCCGUGUUUUCAAAGAGCCAGGUUCCCCCGCGCUUGCUCCAGGACUGCGCGGUCGUCUCCCUGCUGCUCCUUGGCUGCAAGGACAGGGUACAUAG